AUCCUUCCUUGCUUUUCUAUCUCCGCGAGAAUUGAAAAUUCUCAGUCUUUGCUUUUCUAGAAAGAACACCAACGCGCUUGCAGUCCUGACUCUCUCUCUCUCUCUCUCUCGGCAAAGUCAAACCAACAAAUUCAUCUCCUUCUCUUAAUAUAAUUUUAUUUCCUCUCUUUCUGUCUUCAAACUCUCCCAAAAUUCUUCUUCUUGUUCUUUCUCUUAGUGAUCUCCGCUAUCUCUGUCUAUUUCUUUGUUUUUCCUGUCGCUGUUUAGCCAACGGAACUCCGUUUGUUCAUCCGAUGAGUAAUAACACGGCGUCGUCUAGUGCAGGAGCCAAUGGGUCGGCUGAUUCUGCUGCUCCCAGGAGAAAUUCAAAGCGACCCAAAUAUUCAAGGUUUACCCAGCAAGAACUUCCGGCUUGUAAACCAAUUCUCACGCCACGAUGGGUGAUUUCGGCAUUUAUGCUUGUUAGCAUUAUUUUUGUUCCUAUUGGAAUUGCUUCCUUGUUCGCUUCCCGAGAUGUUGUUGAAAUUGUUGACCGCUACGAGACUGCAUGCAUUCCUGCCCAAAAUAGAAGUGAUAAGGUUGGAUAUAUUCAAAGUUCUGCAGAUAAAACGUGCAACAGAACAUUGAGAGUGACUAAGCGUAUGAAGCAACCUAUUUAUGUGUAUUAUCAGCUUGACAACUUUUACCAGAAUCAUCGCAGGUACGUGAAGAGCCGGAGUGACGAACAAUUGAGGAGUCGAAGUGGUGAGAAUGAAACCAGCAGUUGUGAGCCUGAAGACGUUAUCAAUGGGACGGCAAUUGUACCAUGUGGUCUUAUAGCUUGGAGUUUGUUUAAUGAUACCUACAGUUUCUCCCACAACAACCAGCAGUUGCAGGUGAAUAAGAAGGGCAUCUCAUGGAAGAGUGAUAGGGACCACAAAUUUGGCAAAGAUGUCUUUCCUAAGAACUUUCAGAAUGGAAGUCUCAAAGGCGGUGCAAUUCUCAAUACAUCAAUACCGUUAAGUGAUCAGGAGGACCUCAUUGUUUGGAUGCGAACUGCAGCUCUGCCAACUUUUAGAAAGUUGUAUGGUAAGAUAGAGCAGGAUCUACUCCCCAAUGAUGAGAUACUUGUAACACUGGAGAACAACUAUAAUACGUACAGCUUCAACGGCAAGAAAAAGCUAGUGCUUUCUACUACUAGCUGGCUUGGUGGAAAAAAUGACUUUCUUGGCAUUGCUUAUCUCAUUGUUGGUGGACUCUGCUUCUUCUUGGCAAUGUGCUUCACUGUUGUGUAUCUCGUCAAGCCUAGGCGGCUGGGAGAUCCCUCUUAUUUAUCAUGGAACAGGACUCCGGGAGGUCGCUGAAAAAUGCGUUUGGAAUCGCACACAUGGUUGUAGUUUUGUGUAUUCAAUGUUUAAAAUAUAAUCUUAGCUUGAAAGGAGUUCAUUCCUGUUUGAAACUAAUUUUUUAAACGUGUAAGGUGCUGGUAAAUUUUAUGUGUACUUCAGUAAUAGAAUUGGGUGUUAUUACUUCUGGCAA